AAUAGGAGGAUGGGAGGAGGGGGCACGUGCUGUGAUUUAUUGCCAGCAGCAGCUCGAGCUCGAGCCUUUUGCACGAUGCAUUGAUUUGCACGCGCGCACACAUCGAUAAUCUAUUCCGGCGACGAUUCUGAGAGAAGCAAAUAUUUAUUUGUCGUUUUGUUUAUCGUGUUAUUGUCGUUUUUCAUACUGGUGUCGUUCUCUGCUCGCUCGGGAGGGGACGCGAUGCUGUCAGCGCAGUAAUACUCCCCUCUGUUUGGACGCAACAUUAAACUCACUGCGGAAGAAGUGGACAUGGCCACGGUCGUGGAGAACCCAAAUGGCUGUGCCAAAAAAGAGCGAGCGAAAUUAGUGAAAGAGAGGAAAGAAGAGAAAGAUAAGAGUCAUGCCAAUCGGGAGCAGGAUAUAUGGGAGAAGGAGCUCCGUUCACGGCAGCAGUAUGAGCGCUCGAUGGAGGAGAGAGGGAGGCGUCUGGAGGUGCAGCGGCAGCGAGAGGAGCUCAGAAGAGCAGCAGCUCAGGAGAAGAGGAGGCAGCGUGGAGAGGAGGAGAAGGAGCGACUGGAGGCCCUGAUGCGGCGCUCGGUGGAACGCGGCCUGCAGCCGGAGCAACGGCCCAAGCGCUGGACCUGGGGCGGCCCGCCCGGAACCUGCGAGGGUGUUCCUAAGAUAGUCCCGCCCACUCCUGCUGCUUCUGCCACGCUAGCCAAUGAUCCUGCUGCUCUCCCUUCUGCCAGCCAAUCCAGGACCGUAGACUUUAUGAUCCCACCCGGGUCUCCUGAUUCAAACCUGAUCAAAAGCCUUUCCACCUCCUCUGCUGCGUUAGCCCAGACAACAGAGAAAGCCUCGCCCAGCCCCCACAGGUCCCCGUAUAAUGCCUCGCCCAGCAGGGCUGACCGCAGAAAGACCGGCGCAGUGUCCGGCGCUCCUGCAGAGGACUCUCAGAAUACUGCUACAACCCCCAGAACCCCCCAGCAGACAGAAAAACCAGGAGGAGAGAAAAGCAUCAAUAACACCCUGAUCGAAUCCUCCGCCAAACGACUGGAGUCUCCCACCACUCCCACCAAGAGCUCAGCUCGCAGGAAUCCAAGCACACCUAAAAGAUCUAAAUCAUGCAGAAGCCGACUUCAGUCUCCAUGUUCUCCGGGGCAGUACCCCACCUCCCCCAUGAGGCACAGAGCCACCACCCCCAGCGCAGACAGCAGCAAGAGGUGGGAUGGAGAGGAGAAAGUGGUGGAGAGUAAAGGCUACAGCACUCUAGAGAGGAAGACCUCCAAAACAGAGAAGAUACCAAAGUCUGCGAGCAAAGAACUCGGACAUAAUGCAGAGUCCCCUGUGACGCCCACUGGUAAAGCUGGCACCACCGACGCUGAGGAAGCCUCCAGGCUGCUGGCGGAGAGACGCCGUCUAGCCAGAGUGCAGAAAGAACAGGAGGAGAAACAAAGAAUGGAAGAGGAGAGGCUGAGGGCGGAGGAGCUGCAGAGGAAGCAGGCGGAGGAGCGUGAGCGGCAGGAGCAGGCUGCUCGCCAGGCCGAGGAGGACAGACAGAGGCUCGAGGAGGAGCGAAGACAGAAAGAGGUGGACGACAGGAGGCAGAAGGAAAGACGUCUGAAAGAGCUUCAGGAUCAGCUGGACAGAGAGAGGGAGGAGGCCUUCCAGAGGGUGCAGAGGGAGGCGGAGAAAAAGCAGAGGGAGAGAGAACUGCUGAAGCUGCAGGAAGAGCAGGAGAGGCUGCAGAGGAAGAAGCGUAUUGAAGAGAUCAUGAAAAGGACGAGAAAAACUGAUGCAGAACCAAAGAAAGAUGAUGCACACAUCGAGGCCAGUUCCCCCAUGACCCCAUCAGAUAUGGUACUUAGAGAUGCCGUUCACAUGAAUGAUCCAUCUGAAGGCUCAACCUUUGUUGGGGUGAAGGUCAAUCUCCCCCCAUCUAACUUGACUGAUUCACCUGUAAUAAACCUUGAGCCACUGGAAGCAAAGUGCAGCAGUGCAGCAGAUGAUCUUUCUGAUGGGGUUCAGUCCAUGGAUGUCAGCCCAGUCUCCAGAGAUGACCUGAUAUACUCUCCAGUCAGCGAGGGCUCCCAGAAUGUGAUGAGGAACAGCCAAGCCCUGGACCAACUGCUGGAUCUCGCCGACCAGCCGCCGUAUCCUAAAGCUCCUGGUGGGGCAGCGCUUGGCGACUGCAACAAAAACCUCAUCCCGGGCUACAGUAGCGCUGCCGCAGACUCGACACUCAUCCAGAGCCUUGCACCCACCAUGGAAAAGCUCAGCAUCUAGAGCAACAGGACAAAGAGGCUUGUGAGCUGCCCUGCUGAGGAGUGGUUGAAGAAUUGGUGUGAAUUGAAGUUGGCCUGUAAAAAAGACUGUCUGUUGUGCCUCAGUUCCAGCUUUUUAAAGCUUCUCCACAAGAGCCUAUCUGCACCCUGGAGCCUGAACAAUGAAGAACGAGCACUGAAUGUUGUAUGAUUUGUUCAAUCAGAAGCACUCCCCUAUACACAGAAUAAAGCUUAGUCUUUCCUCCAUAAAUAAUACAUUUCAAAAUAUUUCAUUCUAAUAAUUGUGAGGAAGGGCACCUGUAAUAUUGCAGUCUUAUAGUUCUUUAUAUACCUGUAAACACUGUAGCGUAUAACAAAUGAUACAAAAAAAAAAUAGGAAAACACACAAAGCUGGUAGCAGCGGGAGCACAAACGACCAGCAAAGGCGGCUGUGUGUAACUGUGUAUAGAGUGUGUUCAAUGUGAUGUGUUGUACUGCUGGGGUUUGCAAACAGUAAAUCUAACAUUUCACCACCUUAACUAAGUCAAAGCAUUAUAGGCUACUGCUAGAUAUCCACACGUCCUGCAAACGUAACCAUUCUCUGCAAAAUAUAAGAUAUUACAGUGUAAAAAGAAGUGUUACAGAAGUGUUACAGUGUCCAUGUGAGAAAGAAAGAAAGAAAGAAAGAAAAAAGAAAGAAGAAAAAUCUGUAACAAAACUGUAACAUAAAACUAAGUAAAAUAGGAACAAUUACAAAUAGCACAAAAAAAGAAAUAUGUAAAAGGAAGUGAACUU